AGCCCAGCCCACCCAGAGCACUCCCCACAGUGUAAAUGAGGACAAUGCCUGCUGGCCCACGUGGGGAGGGGACGUAGAGGGCAGCUGCGGCGCCAGCCGCUCCUGGCACCAUGGACGAUGCUGCGGUCCUAAGGAAGAAGGGUUACAUCGUGGGCAUCAACCUGGGCAAGGGCUCCUAUGCAAAAGUCAAAUCAGCCUACUCUGAGCGCCUUAAGUUCAAUGUGGCAGUCAAGAUCAUCGAUCGAAAGAAAACACCCACUGACUUCGUGGAGAGGUUCCUUCCCCGGGAGAUGGAUAUCCUGGCAACUGUUAACCACCGCUCCAUCAUCAAGACCUAUGAAAUCUUCGAGACUUCCGACGGGCGGAUCUAUAUUGUCAUGGAGCUUGGGGUCCAGGGUGACCUCCUUGAGUUUAUCAAAUGCCGGGGAGCCCUGCAUGAAGAUGUGGCACGCAAAAUGUUCCGCCAGCUCUCGUCAGCCGUCAAGUACUGCCAUGAUCUGGACGUCGUCCACCGGGACCUCAAGUGCGAGAACCUGCUCCUCGACAAGGACUUCAACAUCAAGCUGUCGGACUUCGGCUUUUCCAAGCGCUGCCUACGGGACGGAAGCGGCCGUAUCAUCCUCAGCAAGACCUUCUGUGGGUCGGCAGCAUAUGCGGCCCCUGAGGUGCUGCAGGGCAUCCCCUACCAACCCAAGGUGUAUGACAUCUGGAGCCUGGGCGUGAUCCUCUACAUCAUGGUAUGCGGCUCCAUGCCCUAUGACGACUCCGACAUCAAGAAGAUGCUACGCAUCCAGAAGGAACACCGUGUGGAUUUUCCUCGCUCCAAGAAUCUGACAAGUGAGUGCAAGGACCUCAUCUACCGCAUCCUGCAGCCAGAUGUCAACCGGCGCCUGCACAUCGAUGAGAUCCUUAGCCACACCUGGCUGCAGCCCCCCAAGCCCAAAGCCAUGUCUUCCAGUUCCUUCAAGAGGGAGGGAGAGGGUAAGUACCGGGCCGAGUGCAAACUGGACACCCGACCAGGCUCUCGGCCCGACCACCGACCUGACCACAAACUGGGAGCUAAAAACCAGCACCGGAUGCUGGUGGUGCCCGAGAAUGAGGACAGCAGGAUGGAGGACAGGCUGGCCGAGACCUCCAGAGCCAAAGACCAUUACCCCUCUGGAGCUGAGGUGGGGAAAGCAAGCAUCUAGCAGUGGUGAGGCCCCCAGGUGGCGUGGUGAGUGGUGGGCACGCACAUAAACUAAGUAGCCAGGUAGACGUUGAAGAAGGCACAGGUGCAAGAACAAGUAAAAUACGUCAAUUAAACCACUAUUUUGAUUAC